AUGGGUAAGAAGCGAGCAAAUGCCUUCCCAAGCAACACUGAAAACAACCCAAGGGACAUGGGAAAAGCCAUAAAAUGGGAAGAGUGUAAAGCAAUCACAUUGAAAAGUGGGAAGAAUAUGGAGAAAGAAGGCACCACUCAGGAAGAGCACAAUAAAGAAGGAUCAAAAGAAGAAGUGGAGAAGCCAAAGCAGGGGCAAGAAACUUCUACACAAAGUGACAAUUCAAUUAAGAAUGAGGCAGUGAAAGCAUACCGACCAAAGAUACCAUAUCCUCAAAGGUUCAAGGGAGAAAACAAAGAGAAGCAAUACUCCAUAUUCCUGGAGAUAUUCAAGACACUCCACAUCAACAUCCCUUUCAUAGAAGCACUUGAACAAAUGCCAUUAUAUGCUAAGUUCAUGAAGGAAUUAUUGACAAAGAAACGAUCCUUGAAAGAAAUACAAACUGUUGUUAUGACAAGAGAGAGUAGUGCUAUUAUCCAAAGGUAUUUUCCAAGGAAGAAGAAGGAUCCAGGAAGCUUUCAUAUCUCCUACACCAUAGGCAACAUGACAAAUGAGAGAUUAUUUUGUGACCUUGGUGCAAGCAUAAAUCUUAUGCCCCUAUCUUUGAUGAAGAAGCUCCGAAUCCAUGAAUUGAAACCCACAUAA